GAUUUGCAUGAACAGAAAUAGAAAGAACAAGAUAAUAGAUAAUACCUUUCUCUGCUUGCAGUUCUUUAAAUGACAGCCAACAUAAGGAUGACUUAAAGGUUUAUAAUUGAACAAUCAAAUACUUGUUGGACUCUGGAUCAUAAUUUUUCGUUUCUUUUCUGGAUUGUUCGUUGUUCUAUAUGUUAAUAGGUGGACAGGAGAACCAAACUGUUCGAAAGCAUGUGGUAGUUCUCGGAGGUGAAUCAAGGUUGAAGCCAAAAAAGCAGAUGGAAACUGACUUCAACGGCGAAAAGCAAAAACCUUAUAAUCAUUAUGCAAAUGGUCAUGGCUGGUGGGAUGACGACAUGGAAGGUGUUGAUAAUGAAGCAUUGGGAGUCAGUGAAGUGUGGGAGGGGGUGGGAUCCACCACACUUGGAGGUAUAGUAGAUUGGCAUUGAUGUUAUUGUGGCCUGCUGUUACUGCGGCCUGCUAGCAGGAAAUCUAAAUCCGAUAUUGUAUAUGCUCGUAUGUGACAAACGUAUGUACUGUGGCUUAGCUUCGAGAUCAAUAUAAUCAUAAGCUCAUUUGUUCUGUGUAGAUGAGAAUGUUCCUCAAAGUGUAUACAUUCUUAAUUCACUUUGAUCUAUUUAAUUCACUCCAGAUCAUGUUGAAAAUGUUACU